CAGCAUCCACAUUCUCUCUCUUAAAUUCAAUUGUCAUCACAAAUAUUAUUUCAUAACAACUCUUCUGAUCAAUUCGAGUCACUUCUACAAAAAGGGGGAAUAGUUUUCAACACCUUUAUCACACCUUCUGCACAUUCUUCUCUUUCCCCAUUAUCAAAGAAAUCUAUAUCAGGAACAAAGAAACACAGUAUUCAAAUCAGAAAUACAUUCAACAUGGUUGGCAGCGGAGAAGUUCCUACCAUCAACAGCUUCCAAAUGGGAAGACUGCAUGGUAAAAAUGCUAUCGUUACUGGUGCUGCUGGAGGAAUCGGUCUCGAAACCUGUAUCCUCUUCGCCAAAGAAGGCGCCAAUAUCCUCAUGGCCGAUAUUUCCGCACCAGCACUCGAAAAGGCCGCCGCAAAACUCAGACAACUAGUUCCAUCCGCCCACAAAGUUGAAGUUAAAGUAUGCGACGUCUCCAAAGAAUCUGAUAUCGAAGCCGCAGUUGCUCAUCUCGAAUCUUGGGGUGGUAUUGAUAUCAUGUUCAACAAUGCUGGAAUUAUGCAUGCUGAUGAUGCCGAUGCUAUUGAUACUCCUGAGAAGAUCUGGGAUUUGACUCAAGCUAUUAACGUUAAGGGUGUUUGGUUUGGUUGCAAACAUGCUGUCAUUUCCAUGCGUAAGAACAAGAAGACCCGUGGUUCUAUCAUCAACACUGCAUCUGUUGUUGCGCUCGUUGGUUCUGCUACUCCUCAAUUAGCUUACACAGCUUCCAAGGGAGCUGUUUUGGCUAUGACUAGAGAGUUGGCUAUUGUUCACGCAAGAGAGGGAUUCAGAUUCAAUGCGCUAUGCCCAGCUCCAUUGAACACUCCCCUUCUUCAAGAUUGGUUGGGAGAUGAUCAACCUAAGAGACUUAGACGUGAGAUUCAUUUCCCAAGUGGAAGAUUCGGAGAGGCUAUUGAGCAAGCUCAAGCAGUUUUGUUUUUGGCUAGUGACGAGAGUAGCUUUGUUAACGGACAGGAUUUCGUUGUCGACGGCGGUAUGACCAAAGCCUACGUUACUCCAGAAGGACCACCUCUCGCCGCUCCAUCCAACAACGCUCUUCUCAGCGAACAAGUUGAUGCUAUCCGUGGUACCGGUGUUCCUCAAUAGAUUGUUCAUUUCCUUGAAUCAUCAGCUCUUUUGCUUGGAUUUUAGCGUACAGGUUGUAGAUCAGGCUGGAUCAUUUUAGAUAGAUAUCACGUUAGAAUGAAUGAAGAAAGAUGAAUUUCAAAGUCA